AUGGCAGCAAACACCGACAGGAAUUCCAAGCCUUCAGUGUACCUCCAAGACCCGAGAGAGGUCCAAAGUGUAUUCAACCGCUUCGACGCCAACAGCGACGGCAAGAUAUCCGGCGAUGAGCUAGCCGGCGUGCUUAAGGCGCUGGGAUCCAACACCUCUAACGAGGAGGUCGCUCGGAUGAUGGAGGAGAUCGACACCGAUAAGGACGGUUUCAUUAACAUCCAGGAGUUCUCCGCCUUCUUCAAGGCCGAGACAGACCCCUACCCCUCCUCAGGCGGCGAGAACGAGCUUAAGGAGGCGUUCGAGCUCUACGACCAGGAUCAUAAUGGACUGAUCUCAUCCAUCGAGCUCCACAAGAUCCUCACGCGCCUCGGUGAGCGGUGCACCGAACAGGACUGUGCUGGGAUGAUUAAAUCUGUUGAUUCUGAUGGAGACGGUUGCGUUAGCUUUGAGGAAUUCAAGAAAAUGAUGACGAACAAUAGCGGCAGUAACAGCCAGGCGGAGCCGCCGAAAUAG